AUGGUUCGUAAACUUAUUUGGUCUUUAAAUCCACAUGUCUUAAUGCAAGAAACGCAUAUUUUUAGCGAUCACUGUUCAUUUCAACAAGAGUAUAUUCCGCCAAGAACUUUUUCUUUUACUGGUGAAAGAACAACAGAAGUAGUUGCAAGAAAGAAAUAUAAUGUCACACAUUCUUAUACAAUUCAACCAGUAACAUCAGCUAAUGGCCUUUUAUUAGACCAGUUUUUACUUGUACUUCAAGAAAAAGAAAAUACUCUAGGGAAAAGAGUACAAAAAAAUUUAAUAAUACCACCAAGUGUUGUAGUAAAAGCUUCAAAAUCAGGAAAAAGCAAUGACGAAAACCAUCACGCUUUUUUAAAUGAAGUUCUGCGUCCAUUUGUUGGUAAAAAAUUUCUUCUCUUUCUUGAUGCUUGGAAAACUCAAGCUGAUCUAACGAAAUUUAGAGCAGUAUUUCCGCAUCAAGGCAGUCAAUUAUUGAUUUUUCCUGAAGGAUCUACCGGUUAUAUUCAACCACAGGAUCUGUCUUUAUUUUGGUCAUGGCGAUUUAUUCAUGAAAAAAUUGAACAUUAUACUCAUUAA